AUGACGUCACUCAACUCGAGUGCUAGUUUGGCUGCUUAUGGAUCGUACCUUUUCGGAGAUCCCGAUCCAGCCGCUUUGUACUCAGAGUUUCCCGAUUUUCUCAGUGCUCUUACCGCGCUCACGAAUGGUGUUCCAGAAAAUUUAACAAUUUCUGAUGCAAUUGCGGCUAUGGAAGCUGAAGAUGGGUUUAAGAGUGUGAUCACUGUGCUUUUUACUAACAGUCCACAAAUCAUCAUCGAUUCAACAAAGAUCAAAAAUAAUUGCAUCAAUCAAACGAUUGGAGUUGGAUUAAACGGUCAAAAUCUCAAUGAAUACGCCACUUUCUCAUUUAACGAUCUCAAAAGAGCACAAGAAACGAUACCCGGAUUGAUUUCUGCUCUUUGCGCAAAAAAUCUA